GUUAGGGUCGGUGGAUUCUUCAGACAGAAGAGGGGCCACAUGAACACCAUAAUCUGACCUUCUCUACUCUUUUCUUCUUCUCACCCAUACAUUUGCAUGUUCUCUCUUUCUCAUCUAUCAUCGACGACUCUUAGUUUUUCUCUUUCUCUCUCUAUCAAUAUCUUCAUUUAUUACACGAUCUCUCUGUCGUAAGCAUUUAUAACAAUCACGAUAUCUACAAACCGUCAUAUCUCUUUCCAUCUCUAUAUAUAUUGGUCGGCAACCGUCGAUUGGUUAUAGCCAUAUCUCUUCUUUAGCUCUAUUACUCGUCGUUGAUAUGUUGAGGACUACUUUGUUCAAUUUCUUUGUUAUUGUGUUUGUCAUCCUUUCUCGGACUUACUUAUGCGAGUGUCGCCGUCUUGGAUCCAUGGAGAAGAACCUUCAUGUGAAUUGCGAUAACUUAAUUGCAAAGAACAACGAAGAGAUUAAAAAGCUAGAAGCCCCGUCGACAAACGACACGAAAACCUUAUCAAGCAAAGCACCGAUCGAAGACGCCGUAGGUGAUCAUGGUGAGAUCAACGAGGAGAAUACGAAGGACGAUUGCAGAGUAAACCGAGCUUCACUGGUCAAAACAAGUGUGUCGUCAAAAAGAGUCUCGAGAACUUGGAAAGUUCCCAAACAUUCAAAGAAGCUGCCUAGGCCGGAUCAGGAACAUCCCGAAUUCAAUCUUGACUAUAUGCAGCCCACCACGCACCCACCUCAUCAUAAUUAACCUUUUAGUGAUCAAAUUUCUUGUGAUUUUUAUAUAUACAAUAAAUUAAAGCCACACAAGGAAUGUCGUCCACAUUUUAACUCUUUCAAUAUAUGGUCACAAACGACCUAGUUAUAAGCUUAUAACUAAAAUAUUUAUGUAAAAUUAAUUAGAAAACAGGGUCUUGAUAUUUGUUCAAUACACGCUUUCGCGCGCAUACAUCAACAACGAUGCACUAUAUAUAUUUACGCGUCUUUUCAUGCACAUGCAUGAGUGCCUUUGUUGUGAUUUUUUUGUCUGUUUAAAAUCCUUAAGUAUGUGCAAUUUGGUUGUUAACAAAUUGUUAUUAAGGUACCACUAGUCAAAAGGCCUUAUUAUUUAUACAGUAGC